AUGGCCCAGGACCACGCUGCACGCCUCCUCGAGGAGCACGACGCCGCCGUCAAGCGCAUCCAAGAGCAGGUCAAGUACUUUCACGACAACAAGAAGCAGUUCCGCGUCUACCAUGGCUCUACCAGCUCGACGCGCCCGCUGAGCUUCAAGCGCGAUGAGAUUGUCGACACCAGUGACAUGGGCCGCAUCUUCCCCGUCGACAAGGAGACCAUGACCGUCAAGGCCGAGCCCAAGGUGCCCAUGGACCUGCUCGCCGCCCACUGCCUCAAGGAGGGCGUCAUCCCCAAGAUCGUCAUGGAGUUCAAGGGCAUCACCGUCGGCGGCGGCUUCUCCGGCUUCUCCGGCGAGAGCAGCAUGUACCGCUACGGCCUCUUCAGCAACACCGUCCCCGAAAUCGAAAUCGUCCUCGGCGACGGCAGCCUCGAGAUUGCCAACCGCGAGCACAAUGCCGACCUCCGCGAGCACGCCGCCGGCAGCCUCGGCACCUUUGGCAUUGUCACCCUCUGCACCAUCGAGCUCAUCCCCGCCACAAAGUACGUCCACGUCGAGAUCCGCGAGGUCGACGAGGUCGCCAAGGCCCACCUCAUGUUCGAGGAGGCCUGCGCCAACCCCGACAUCCACUUCAUCGACGGCGUCUACUUCCGCAAGGGACGCGUCGUCGUCAUGUACGGCCGCUUCGUCGACGACGUUCCCAAGGGCCACCAGGCCCUCAAGAAGAUGCAGGUCCACUGGUUCAGCGAUACCAUCGAGGAUCUCCUCGACAAGCACAAGCCCACCAACGAGACCCCCCAGUCCAUCUACAUGACCACCACCGACUACAUGUUCCGCUACGACCACGGUGCCUUCUGGGGCGGCAAGCUCGCCUUUGCGCACUUCCACGUCCCCCAGAACGCCCUCACCCGCCGUCUCGCCGACCCCUUCCUCGACAGCCGCACCUGCUACCACGCCCUCCACAAGUCCGGCCUCGCCGCCGAGUACGUCGUCCAGGACUUUGGCAUCCCCGCCAAGAACGUCAACGAGUUCAUUGCCUUUGUCAAUGACACCCUUCCCGAGCUGCAGAUCUUCCUCGCGCCUUGCAUGCGGCCCCGUGAGAUAGGUCUCACCUCGCGCUUCCACCCACGCGUCGCCGAGGUCGCCGACGAGCGUCUCUUUGCUGUCGGCGUCUACGGUCGCGGACCCUCGGAUCCUGCCGCCUUCUACGAGCUCAACCGCAAGCUCGAGCUGCGCAGCGCCGAGCUCCUCGGUGCCAAGCUGCUGUACGCUCGCACCUACUACACCGAGGACGAGUUCUGGACCAUCUACGACAAGACCAUUUACGACGAGAUGCGCAAGAAGUACAAGGCCGAGGGUCUGCCGUCCGUCUACGAUAAGCUCAAGGCCGACAUGAACACGGGCGCCGGCCAGAGGAGGCCCGUCCGGGGUAUUCUCGAGACCAUGUGGGACAAGGCUAUCGGCAACAAGGAGUACCUGCUCAAGAAGUGA